AUGGCACCGCCCAGCACUCCUCGACACAGAACGGCGGUGGAAGCUCCGAUCGCGCGGAACGGCGGCACCCGAGUGGCGCAUGCGAUAGAGCUCGUCCCGGAGAAGGAACACUCGAGGCAGAUCGCGCGCGAGUGGUACGCAAAGGGCCUCACCGGCACUCCAAGUGCGGGCAAGCUCUACCACCAUAUUGGACUGCUCUGCAGGGAGAGGGACGGGAGCGGCGAGGAGUUGCAGGGCUUGUAUCAUUUCGAGAAGAGCAUGAUCACAGCGCAUCCGUACAGCACCUCCCGCGAGGCCAUCCUCCAGAUCUGGUCGCCAGCUGCCCAGACUUGUCGCCAAGGCCCCGACGCUGGCGUUGCCGAUCUGUAUAUCAUCCUCCACGGUAUGCUCUUCACGCACAUCCAGAUGGACGACUUCCACGGCAUCCUCGACCGCUUCGACGAGAAGCUCAAUAUCGAAGGCAGUGCGAUCGUCGAGGAGUGCGACUGGGAUCAUGAUGGCCGUCAUCAACCUCGGCGCUAUCUUCGAGUAUGGGCGGCCACACCGCUGUCCUGCGGCGCGUCGCUGGCAUUGGCAGCAGAGAUGUCGUCAGCGCUCGCGCACGCGUCAGCCCACGCCAUGGCCGCGUCGUCUGCGGGCAAGGCCAAGCUCAUGGCGAAGAAGGCCGAGGACAAUGAUAGGAAGAUGGACGUCGACGACAAAGGUGCCGCCCCAUGCAAGGCCGACUGGAAGCUCGACGCCAUGAGCAUGUCGCCUGCACUCUCCGAGGUGGUAUGA